AUGGAGAUUACUCAUUUGCUCAGAAUCUGCGUAGCCGGUCAAUCAGGUACCGCUACGCCACCGUCGCGAGUCGCGUCGACUCAAAGGCCAGGCAAGCGGAACUGUACGAGGGGGAUAAGCUUAGAAAGUGAUCCAGUUAGGGAUUUCACUGGCCAAAGUUCGGGCCCACGAAGAGGCGAUAGAGACUUUGGACAGAGAUCCAUAGGUGGAAGUAACACGGGCGGAACUUCGUGUGGCGGAUCCGAAUGGCGCGGCCGUUGGGCUUGGGAGUAA